AUGAGGGUGCUUAUCUUUCUAUAUAUCCUUGUCUUGCUGGGAAGAACAGGUCAUUCACGAUGUUCAAAUCUUUGUGAGUGCAAGCAGAGGAGGACUUUGGUCGAUGUGACAUGCACUGAUCUUGAUGAUAUGCCUCAGGAUGUCCCAUGCAACACUGUUUUGCUUAACAUGAAGAGCAAUUCAAUCACAGCACUCAAGAAAGAGUCAUUCUCAUGUCUCAAAAGCUUGGUUGAGCUUCUCCUGUCCAACAACCGAAUUCGCUUAAUCGAGAAAGGAGUCUUUGAGGAUGCAACCCAAUUGCAGUAUAUUGAACUUGAUUCAAACUUCCUUCAAAGGAUACCAUACCUUGGUACCUUACCUGCUCUCCUGAAGCUAUCAGUCACCAGGAAUUCUCUGCAAGAGUGGCAACAGCAGACCCUUCGUGAUCCAUCAGGUACACGACUUUCAUCGCUAAAACUGGCAUUCAACAAACUCCAGAAUUUACCUAAAAUCCCAUUUCGAGUAUUAUCGUUAGAUUUAGAAGGGAAUGCAAUCAGGGACAUUUCAACAACCAUUUUUGCUUACCCCAAAGUUAUAUCAAAUUUGUGCAUUUCGUACAAUAAUAUUGAAUACUUGGAAAAGGCGCAAACGAUGGAAAAUCUCAAGGUUCUUUCACUUGAAUACAACUAUAUCAAAAGCAUCAGUGAAACUAUAUUCAAUCGCUUUCCUUCUAUAAAAAGAAUCUACCUACAAGGCAAUAAAAUUGUGGAUGUCUCUUCCUUUUGUAACAUGCAACGUUUGGAGUUCAUCUCAUUGGAAGAUAACCAAAUCAGAUUCGUGGGUAGACCAGCAUUUACCAACAUUUCCAAAAUAGAGACCGUCAUAUUAAAUGCUAAUAAGAUCAACCAAAUUUCAAAAGAUAUUUUCUUUAUCGCACCGUACAGUCUAGAUCUUAGCUCCAACAACAUUUUAACACUAGACGCACUUGUUUGCAUAAUCACUGCAUUUGAGCAGAAGAAGGUUCACUUCAUCGCGUCGUCGUCGGAGGAAUAA